AUGGAAGUAAACAUUAUUAUAAUAACAAUAUCAAUCUGGUAGAGACAUACAGCUGUAAAAUAAAAAAGCAUGCCUCUGGAAAGCUGGCAAUAAUUGGUUACAGGCUUACGGCACUUGAUUAAUGAAGAGUACAUUUAUGCUAUGUUUGUUUGAAUGGAAAAUGGAAGGAAAGAAAAGGAAGGAAAGAAAAUGGGAAGGAAAAUGAUUAUUUUUCAUUGUUUGGUUGAAGAGGAAAAUUGAGGGGAAAGAAAAUGAAUGCCACCAAUUUUUUUUCUCUCCAACAUUAGAAAGAAAAUGGAGAGAAAACUAAUGUUUCUCUCUCUACUUACAAUACUACUCCUUCACUUUUUUCAAUAUAUAUUAUAAUAUAGGGGUAAAAUUGUCUUUUUAUAACAUUUCUUUCCUUCUUAUUUUCCUUCCAACCAAACACAUCUAAAGAAAAUAAAAAUCUACUCAAUUUCUUUCCUUUCCUUUCUAUUUCCUUCCUCUCUAUUUCUUUCCUUUCAACCAAACAUAGCUUUAGUGUACAACAUUCUUCGUAUUGAGGGUUGUUUGCUUCAACCAGUGGAAAGGAAGAAAUACUGGGUUCACAGUGGAAAGUAAAAGAAAGGAAUGUACCCUACAACUAUCUGGUGCUUUGGAGGUAUGGUAUCAUUUUAAGGAAAGAAAAAGAAGGGGGGUGGGGGGUGUAAAAUUCAAGGCUUUGGCUUAGACAUAUGACAAGGCAUUGAAUUCUCCUAUUACCAGAAUUGGGAAGUAAGGCAAAAGUUACUUUCUGAGAUAUUAAAGAAUUAUUAUUUGCUUGUAUCCAAGUACUAAGCCACUAAGAAUGUGUUAAUAGUAAUAUUCUCUGCCUUCUUUAUAAAUAUGCAAUGCAGGGGAUGCUCUUUCCCAUUUUAUCUAGUUCCAGGUGCAUAUAAUAUUUUAUGCCUAAAGUUGGAUAUCAAGUAGAGAAGAUGGAUGGAAGUCCAAUAACUGAUGAUGAUAAUGGAGGACUUGUUACCAUACUUAGCAUUGAUGGAGGAGGGGUACGUGGUGUUAUCCCAGGGUAUAUUCUAGCCUUCCUUGAGGCCGAACUUCAGAAACUUGAUGGUGCAGAUGCGCGGAUAGUGGACUACUUUGAUUAUAUUGCAGGGGCAAGCACUGGGGGGAUCGUGACAGCAAUGCUUACAAAGCCUUCCACACAAGAUGGCCAACCCUGUGCUGCAAAAGAAAUCAAUAUAUUUUAUCGUGAAAAAGGCCCAAAAAUAUUUUCUGAAGCAGCAGAGAAUUUGAAUAUCUUCAAACAAUAUGUCGAAAGUUAUGUCUCUCGUCUAGAAGAAUCUGAAUCAACGUGGUUUCGCAAGAAGAUAAAGGGCUGUAUAUCACGGGCUAUGAAAGUUGGGGCGUGGCUUGGGGCAAAGUCAUUGGCUUCUCUAUAUAGCAGCGAGCCUCUUGAAGAAGCAAUCACUGAAAUUCUUGGAGAUUUUCGCUUGGCUGAUAGUUUGACAAAUGUUGUUAUUCCUGCUUAUGACGUGGCUCACCUCCAGCCUGUCAUAUUCUCUACACAGCAGGCUAAGAGGAAGAAAUCUGCUGUAAAGUUGGCUGAUGUGAUCAUGAGCACAACUGCUGCUCCUUAUUAUUUCCGUCCACAUAAGUUCUCUGUUGGUGGUGAAAAUUAUACUCUAAUUGAUGGCGGAAUAGCAGCCAACAAUCCUGUAAUACACCAUAACCUAUCCUCCUCUUUUUCAUUCUAUAAGUGUGAUUCAUCAAACAUGGUGUUAUGGAUCAUUCAGACAAUCUUUGCCAUGCAUGAAGUGUCAAGGAUGAAUGCACACAAGACAAGUACUGCAAUUGAAGAUCCAGAUUACAGUAAAUUCUUGGUUCUGUCUCUCGGGACGGGCAGUGGAAAGCUAGAUGGUCAUGAAGUUCUAGAUGGAGGUUUACUAGGUUGGUUUAACCCGCUAACAGGAUCGCCACCAUUGGUUGACGUUCUCUUCAGAGCUUCUGAUGCCAUGGUAGACAGGUGCACGUCACUUAUACUAGGGCGACACAACUGUCUGCACAAUUUCCUCCGAGUUCAGGAUUCCACUUUGCCCGGCAACCAAACCAAGUUACAUGAUGCAAGCAAAGACAACAUUGAUGCCUUGGAGAGCAUUGCCAAAGAGCUUCUGAAUCAGUCCAUUAAAGUGGUUAACCCAGCAUCAGGAUUGCACGAAACGCCUAAUGGAAGCUUGUUUGUAAAUGGAAGGGUGCCCACCAAUCGCGAGGCUAUCACUUGCUUUGCAAGAAGGUUGUCGGCAGAAAGAAGGCGCCGGGCGGAACAGUGAUUUAUGUCGGAACUUUGAGCAUUGCUUCAUAUAUGGGAAGGACUAAGGAGUUAGCUCAUCAAUCAUUUAUUCCCGCCAUCUAUUUGGUUGCAUGAUUGUAUCGCCUGCUUUCUCAUUAUUACACGUCUAUAACAAAUUUAAAAUAAAAUUAUAUCAUUCAUUCCUUCAAUUUGGAAAGAUCAUGUAUUAAUAAAGAACAUUUGAUGUUGUUUUGUUUUAAAAAAUAAAAAAUAAGUGAUAUAUUCCGUUUAUUAGAGUAAUAAAUAAUUAAAUAU